CCCGCCAGGCGGAAGAGGUGCGCGCUUCUCGCUGUGUGCGAGGUGGCCGCACACGCCUCCGCAGUUCACUGCUGGACCCGUCCCUUCCGGGCCCGGUCCGGGAGAGCCCGAGGAGCGCGGCUGCCUCUCCUUGCGGGACGCAAAGCGACACGCGGAGUUGAAGUUGGCGGCUUCCUGAGCUCCCGCUGUUCUUUUUCCCCAUGAAGAUCCAUGAGACACUCCUCAGGAUCACCUAAGUGGGUCGGAGCAUCCUGAGCACUAGGUCAUGGUGGAGACGCCAGAAUGAGAAGGCGCAAGAGUUCUGGUCCCCGUCGACCAGCCGCCCGGGUGACCCGAGCUAGGCCCAGGACAGGGACCACUGUGCCCACGGCUGCCUCUGCUCCCACCACUCCCACCCCACUUCGCCCACAGAGGCCCCCAGCUAAGGUUGGUGUGACCUUUGAGGAUGUCGCCGUGUGCUUCUCCAAGAAGGAAUGGUUCCUCCUUGAUGAGGCUCAAAGACACCUGUACCUCGAAGUGAUGCUGGAGAACUAUGACCUCAUCUCCUCUCUAGGUUGCUGCUGUAGAACAGAGGAUGUGGAGGCACCCACUGAACAGCAUGUUUCUGUGAGAGUGUCACAGGCAAAGAAUCCCAAUGUAGCUUUGUCCUCCCAGAAGAGCCACCCCUGUGAGAGUUGUGGGCCAGUCCUGAGAGAUAUUUUCUACUUGGUUGAGCAGCAGGAAACACAACACAGCCAGAAACUGUUGAGGUGUGGGGCAUGUGCUAAGCGGUUUUAUUUCAGCACAAAGUGUCCCCAGCACCAGGAGCAGCACGUGAGAGAGACACCUUUCAUAAGAGGUGUGGACAGGGCCUCACGUGCCAAGGGCUGCCAUUUCAAUGUGUUCCAGAAGCCUUUUACCUGUGGGGAGAUUGGGCAGCAUGUUCUCACCAGCUCAGGACAUAUCCAAGAGCAGGCUGCUCACACCACAGGUCAGCCAAGUGAAAUGUCAGCAUCUGGGGUGAGUUUUCAAAGGAGAAAAAAUGAUUACACCAGGAAAGAAUGUAAGAAAGCCUUUGGCUGCAACCAAACACUUGCUCAGGACCAUGGUGUCUGUACUGGGGUACAGUGUUUUACGUGCCUUGAAUGUGAAAAAUAUUUUACAAAAAUCACUGAUCUCCAUAAUCAUCAGAAAGUUCACACAGGAGAAAGGCCAUACGAGUGCAGUGAAUGUGGAAAAUGCUUUAGACAACACUCCAACCUUAUUCUACACCAUCGAGUUCAUUCUGCAGGAAAGUCUCAUGAGUGUGGCAAAUGUGGGAAAUCCUUUAGCCAAAGUGCAAGCCUCAUUCAACACCAGAGAGUUCACACUGGAGAAAAGCCAUAUGAGUGUGGCGAAUGUGGGAAAUCCUUUAGCCAAAGUGGAAGCCUCCUUCAACACCAGAGAGUUCAUACUGGAGAAAAGCCAUAUGAGUGUGGUGAAUGUGGAAAAUAUUUUACCAGAAUCUCUGGCCUUUAUCGUCAUCAGAGACUUCACACUGGAGAAAGGCCUUAUGAGUGCAGUGAAUGUGGGAAAUCUUUUAUCACGAAGUAUCACUUGCAUUGUCAUCAGAGAUGUCACACUGGGGAAAGACCUUAUGAGUGCAGUGAAUGUGGCAAAUCUUUUAUCAAUAGCUCUGGCCUCCGUUGUCAUCAGAGAUUUCACACUGGAGAAAGGCCUUAUGAGUGCAAUGAAUGUGGAAAGUCUUUUAUCACUAGCCCUGGCCUCCGUUACCAUCAGAGAUUUCAUACUGGAGAAAGGCCUUAUGAUUGUAGUGACUGUGGGAAAGCUUUUACUUGUAGCAGUAGUCUCCGUUAUCAUCAGAGAGUUCACACUGGAGAAAGGCCUUUUGAAUGCAGCGAAUGUGGGAAAUCAUUUAUCAGGAACAGUAACUUGCGUUGUCAUCAGAGAGUUCACAUGAGUAAGGCCUUAUGAUUGCAGCGAAUGUGGGAAAUCUUUUACCGAAAACAGUCACUUGUGUUGUCAUCAGAGAGUUCACAAUGAAGGAAGUUUUUUAGUGUAGGAAACAUACAGGGUUUUUUUUGUUCAUGUUAACAACACUGGAGGAAACAGACCCCAUUUUUCUGAUUUUAAUCUCAUACAUCAAAAUGUCAACAGUAGGGAGAUUUUCCUUAAAGUUUAGUUAUGUGGGAAACGUGUCUGUGUUGCACUUUCUAACCUGCCCAGAGUUCAUGCCAGAUUUAUGUCACUGCAGAUUUCUGUGGCCGAAGCUAACCACUUCCUAGUAGUAGGUCUCCAUAGUUUGUAUCAAUCACCAUCCUAAUGUGUUCAGGUAAGCUAACUUUGUUCUCUGAUUUGUUGGAGGAAAUUAGGAGUAGCCUGAGCCUUUAUGAGAUCUGCAUUUCUUCUAUUCUGACUAUCUUUGAUAAAUAUUUCCAUUGUCAAAGUCACCAGUGUAAGAACUGCCAGGUCCAUGUCCUUUUGGUUUGUAAAAUAAUGAAGGCCCUUUUGUUUAAGUCCUCUUUAAUCUUGGAUGUUUUAUUUACUGUAUGGGGUAGGUUAUAAGCAGGCUUGAGCUCUACAAGCAUGAAGAGGUGAACAACUUUUAUGGGGUCUCAAACUUUCUCUGCAUCUGAGGGGACGGUGUAGUGCUGAAAUUAGCUCACCAGUUUUUUCCAAAUUUGCAUUGCUGCCCACAUCCUCCUAGGAAAGACUGCAGGGCUCUGUUACUCAUGUGAAGCCUGGAUGCUGUGAGUUUUAGGAGACAGAGGUCAGGUUCAAGAGGAGGCAGGUGAGCCUGACCUGCGUGGCUCGUGGUUGAGCAUUGGUCAGGGUUCGAUUCCCACUCAGGGCACAUGCCAGGGUUGUGGGCUCCAUCCCCAGUAGGAGUUCUGCAGGAGGCGGCCAAUUGGUGUUUCUCAUCAUCGAUGUUUCUACCUCUCCCUCUCUCUGAAAUCAAUAAAAAUAUAUUUUAAAAAGGGGGGCAGGUGCAGGUGUGACAACCUCAAGUGUUUCUGGGAGCAGCAUGAUUUUUCCCUUGUUCAUAGGUUAUGCCAGUACUUUUGGAGGGAAUCACUUUCAAAGAUCUUGCAAAGGACUAUGUGUCCUAAUGUCUACAAUUCCAUACGUGAUGGUCACUUGGGGUAGGACAAUAAGGGUUAGGGGAAAGCAUAAUUGCUACAGAAUCACGCCUAAUAGGGAUUGUGCAUAAUUCUUUAUAUGGAGAUAUGUUUCUUUUACCCUUGUCAAUAACUCAUAAUGCAUUGUCUGAGUCAGAGGAUAGGUGAAUGUUUAACUUAAAGAAAUUAGGAAGUUGUCAUUUAAGCCAAUUGUACAUUUUUGCAUUCUUCCAGCAGUGUGUAAGGUAUUCAGUUCCUCCACAUCCUAGAGAAGAUUUGGUUUGGUCAUUCAUUCUUUAUGUAAACUUUUUUUAUAACUUUGUCAUGCUAUCUCACUGUUGUUGGAUUGCAUCUUUCUAAGUAAGGGUUCACGGUGAACAUUUUUUUCAGAUGUGCAUUUGCUAUCUCUCUAGUAAAAUGUCUGAGCAUAUGUUUUACCAAAACUAUAAAUUUUGGCAAUUUUCUUUAACAAAAGGUCAGUGAAACAACAAAAAUGAAGGUUAGAAUUUCACUCAUUUUGUGUCUUUUUUGCUUUAUAGGAUAAAUAUUUUUUGAUACUGGAAAACAAAUAAAAUCAACAAUUGACUCAA